AUGGCGGCGCUUAAUGGCUUACUUGCUGGAGGGAAGAAUGGGAGGAAGUCGCUGGAACAAUUGCUGAGUGAAACUCUGCCAAAGGACACAAGCUUCAAGGUAUACCAUCUAUCCACGCCACCAACGUCCACUUCAGCGAUCUACUGUGCUCCCCAAGGAAAGCGACCCAACAGGACAUACUGCGAGAGUCAUUUCCUGUCGGUGUCGAUAAAUUCAAAUGGCAAGGCCACCUCAGGUUCACCCGGCGAAGUGCUCGUCUACGCUAUCGAGAUCCUCAUUUAUUCGACCGCGCACUCCACCACGCUAUUCGUAUCGAAAGCCGAUUCCAGCGGAUACCUACACCUUCUGAACCUGCCCAAAGGCAGUCCGUCACCGCUCAAGGAGAUCAGCUCGGCGUUUUUGUCAUACCUAGUGGAGCGACGCAGGAGGCCUGGCAUCCAAACUAUCGUUUCGCUGUUCGCCCGGGCGCAGGAUCAAUAUCUAUUUGCGAGGAGCAUUGAUAAUAAAGGGAAGCAUGUCUUGGAUGACAGAGGCUUGGUGAAGUGGUGGUGCCGGGUGCUGAACCCGUUACUGGCCAACGAGAAAGACGGAGGGUGGCAUAACAUUCAUGGAUACUUGACGGUGCCGGGAUUGGAUACAUAUGAGACGAGGGCAUUCCUACCACCAAAGCCCGGAGAAAUGAAGACUUGGACGGUUGGCCACCCGCUACGAGAGAUUGCGCUGUUCCCGGGUGCGCCUCCUCGGUGCCUGAUUCCCCACUUCCCAGACGAUCCGAAGUCGAGAUUUCUUGAUGAGUUGGAUGAUGAGCUUUCUGGAUCUCAGGGGAAGGAUAAUGGGCAGUGGAAGAGUGUGAAGGACUUGGAUAUGUUUUGGGAAAUGAUGGCUUUCCGACAGGAAUGCAGUGCCGGCCGUCUUGUGGGGUUCAUAUGGGUUGUCUUUGCGCCCACUCCUCCAUCGGAAGCAGAAGAUACGGCUAGCAGUCAGGCAUUGACGGGUCAGGCGAGCUUUGCAAGCAGUUUCACGGAGCUAGAUGAUAGUCCUGUCAAACCACAACGACCCUCUAGGCAGCUGAAUCAGACUGACGAAACUCUCAAAGACGAAACUAGGUCUCCAUCCCGUACAAGACGCCGAAAGGCGAAGAAGGCGCCCACUCUGUCUGGGCGUAUUGUUCCCCGGAAACCGCGAGUCAAGGAAAAUAACAGUGGCCAUCGGCCUUCAAAGCCCGAGAGAACGCUAUACUACAUAUGGCCAGCCGACAGCAGAGGGCAAGUUGUGCUCGAGGAGAAGGACUACCAUCGCUUCCACGAACUCCUCUUAUCUCUCGACUUCGCGAAUCUCGGCCUGGCAUGCGAAGCCACGAAACGAUGGACCGGCGAGGUCCUGGGAGGCUCUCCGGUUGAGACGCUUGGAUGGGGGACUACAGUUGUCGGUACGCGAGCUUUUGAGGCGAGAAACUUGCCGGGUCGCGAUACGGUCACGACGCUGAAUGUUGGGCUUGUGAGGAAGAAGAGGCGAGCUGGCGAUGAUGGAGGAGUCUCUGCCGAGGCACACGCCCGAGGAGCGUGUGCAGGCCCCUGA